AUGUCUCGCAAGAUCAUUGCGGCUUUUGCCAUUGCCCCGGCUGUCAUUGCCAACAGCUGUCCGGGCUCGUCAUCCUGGAUCCAUGCCAGCUGCCAGGUCGCCGUGACCGCGGGUGCCACCUGCUCUGAGGUCAUGUCCGAGAUGGAAGCACGUGUGGCAGGCAUCAGUACCGGUGCGUGGCAUGACCCGCACAACAACGGCACCUAUUCGCAGCAGGAUAAGGGAGCAGGCGAGCUUUCGUUCCAGCGUCUGACCGGCAACAAGAAGUACACGGACAAGCUCAAGUUUACCUUCCAGGACGCCCCCUCGGGCACUUGCAACAUCCAGGGCUGCAGCGAGAGCCAAGUCUUCUCCGUUAAAGACUUCUCUACCAACUACUGCAACCUGCGCAUGCUCUACUGCGGCUCGCACGAGGGGUGCAAGCCGGUGAAGACAGACUUUGCCAUCACUGAGACUUCGGUGAGUCCAUCCUUGGGAGCUUCGAAGAAUGCCGCCGACUGCCUGAAGACCGUCAGAGACCAGUUCCUCGCCCCACAGCCGUCGCCGAUCGCACCGCCUUUUCAGUGCCCACCUGCUGGCUUCGAAACAGUGAACAAUUUCGACCUCGACAGCUUCAUUUCGAAGCGCUGGUACAUUCAGCAGCAGAUGGAGACCAAGUACUUGCCGAAAACUCAGAACCGUUGCGUUUAUGCCGAGUACAAGCUUGAGCAGAAGAAGACAUUCUGGGGCUACGAUGUGGCUGUGCACAACCAUGCAGAGGGAGUCGCCCCACCGCACACCCCCUAUGACUCCGGAAGCAAACUCUGCGCCAAGGUCGUCGACAAGGCUCGUGGCAAGCUGGAGGUGGCACCCUGCUUCCUGCCAACUCUGCUCGCUGGCCCUUACUGGGUCUUGGACUACAACGAGGCAGCAGGCUAUGCUUUGAUCUCGGGUGGGGCACCCACCUUGCCUGCAGAGGCGGGCUGCAUGACCGGAUCGGGAACGAAUGGCUCCGGGCUCUGGAUCUUCACGCGCGAGCAGAAGCGCGACGAGGCCCUGGUGCAGAAGGUGAGGGCCAUCGCAGCCCAAAAGGGCUUCGACCUUUCUGUCCUCAACGAUGUGGACCAGAGUGCUUGUGGAAGCAUCACACAGGUCGUGGUGUGA